CUUGACUAGUUUAAUUGGCUUUAGCCAUUAAUCAACUAUGAGGCAACAAAUAUCUCCAAUUCUCGCCUCACUGGCAAAUGUCUUCAGAAUACCCCUUCGUCCGUCCGUCCAAGCUCUCGUGAACCACACCUGUCGUGAAGCAUUAGCGCAGGAUUGUUACCGAUCAAAAGUGCUUCAAUCUAGCCGGUCAUUCACAUCCAGUGCUCCUCUUGAAAAAAAAGGCCGAGCUAAAGCAGACAAGAGAAUCACCCUUAUCCGCUACUUUCUCUACCAUCCUCUCACCCCGCGCCCCCUCCGCUUCUCUCGCGACCGCUACCUCCGCCAUUGGACCAUCCAUCGUGCCUGGAACCUGUACCAGGCCAAACGCCGUGCCGCCAGAGAUCUGGAGCUCGAACGCAUGUAUACUAGCAUGCGCAAUGCGUGCGAAGAGCUACGUACAGGCGUGGGAGAUGGGGGCUAUUUGUUUCGGGUUUCAAUGCAUAAGAAAGGCGUGUUUACGGAUGGGGUUCCGAUUGAAUACGGGCGAUUACAGACGGAGACGCCGAGUCGAGAAGGAUGGAAUUAUGAGUGGAAGAGAUGAGGUAGCCUUUUCGGCUUUUUGGUCCAGGCUAGGAUGGUGAGGGUUGAUUUGAACCCUCGUUUACUGGUUUUGUGGAAUUGAGGACAACCCGUGUGUGUGAGGGAGAGAUGCGACAAAUUGUCGUGCUGCGGCGGCGGGAGGAGAUUCGUCUAUCCCUUGAUCAAUUUGAGCCGCGUGUCCGUUAAGAGCUUCCAUGUUAUAUUUUGAGGUUGCCGGCUGUUUAUCGGAGUAUUUUAAUAUAUAGGCAAA